AUGCCUGAUAGUUACACUUACAAGAGUUCCGGUACCAACAGCCAGGGUAACCAUUAUUGCGCCCGUGACUACGGCAGCGGAACCAGCAACUCCAACUCAUUCCACUACUCUAAUAAUGACGGCUCCUACUAUUAUAGUAAUCCCAACGGCAGCACUUACUAUAAUGAUGGCAAGGGCUCGUCAACCUACAAUCCUCCGGGCGGUAGUAGCAGAAAAAGUUGA